UUCCCCUCAUGGCGGCUCCUAUGUAUUGCAUGUCUGCCUAGCCAACUUUGCAAGUGAACACAUUCCUGCAUAAAUCACCACUUCGGGACCAGCCUUUCUCUCGGAACCAGCUAGCGCAUCGCCAGCUGUCGCCUUCGAAAUCUGCCUGGCAUAUGACAAACAAUAAGGCGACGAACAAGCAAAUCAAGAGAAAAGAAUAAACAAUGCCAUCCCUGGCUUGCACGUGCGGCCGCCGCUUCAACAAUGAGGAAGCUCUGCGAGACCAUAGAAGCUCUGUGGCGCGGUAUAUCUGCAGCCAGUGCAAUAAGUGCCUCCGCAACCUCAAUGGUUUUAUGAAACAUAGGGCCUCCUCCUUUCCGGCUUGUGGACAAAUCCGACUAAAGGACAUGAACUGGUUCUGCACCGAUUGCAACGCAAAAUUUGAUGAUCGGGAUGCCCUGCGCCAGCAUUCUACUUCAGCCGGGCACGCCGUUGAGUUUCGUUGCUGUGACUGCAAUAAGAACUUCAAAAAUGCGCCAGCUUUGAACCAACACCUACGGGAUAAGGUCCACAAGAAGAAGCCACCACAGCGUAAGGCGCAGCAUCACUGUAAAGACUGUGAUCGUUCAUUUGGCAGCGCUCGCGCCUUGGAACAGCAUCUGCAUUCAACAAUCCAUCAUCCGAUUAGCAAUUUGACCUGCAUGGCGGGUAAGAUAUGCGGCGUGGAAUGCAAGGCUCGUUUCAGCAGCCCCUCAGCUAUGAUUGCUCACAUGGAGAAUGGCACUUGCCGGUCGGGCAUAAACCGGCAGAAGCUCAACAGGUUGAUACUUGUGCAAGACACCGAUCAUCUCAUUACCAGUUCCAGCGGAAUCUUUGAGUAUUCGGGCUGGGCCAGCCUGGAAAACGAUGAAGGAUCAGCAACUUGCUCUGGAUUCAUGACACCAAGCACAGAAUCAGAUGAAGGGGUGCUUUUGACCCCGAGCAGCAGCCAACUUGAUUUUGGUAGCCUUGUGGAAAGACAACUGACAAGACGUUCACCCUCCGGGUUCGAAACUGACUCCACAGCAAGUGACAGCACAGAGCUAUCCAAGCCAAAGUUUUUCUUCUGUCCUCUUUGCCCCGAUACUAAACGCCCAUUCUUGACACGCUCGGGCCUGGAAAUGCACAUGAGCUCCGCUGCUCAUACCCCCAAGAUGUUUCACUGUCCCUCAAUCCUCUUCUCAGGAAAAUCUGGAAAAGCCCAACCGACUAUGAGGAAUUUUUCGACGAUUAGCGGGCUCGUAGCACACAUUGAGAGCGGCGUCUGCCAUGGCGGAAAAGCAGGCUUGCGAACCGUGAUGGAGCAUAUGGAAGAAAGGCUGGAGGAGAUGGGCAUGUCAUUCAAGCUGCUGAGCCUAUGAGGCGGUGUUCUCUGGCCAUGAGGCGGUACUUUUCCUUUGUCUCUCCCUUUUCAUUGUGUUGCUUAUUUAGAAUUGCUUGAUGACCAACGACACCUUUAGGAAAGCUAUCUAUUUGAGUUCUCUAGGAUGCCUUGAUUGCUUGAUAGUUAACGGCGGCUUCAGGGGGUACCUUAGCUAUUAUACUUGGAGUUGAUAUGGAUUUGUUGGAUAUAGUUUUAACUGGUUUGAUGUUGAUGAAUUACAGACUCGAGUGAGUCUCUCUUUGGAUUCCAGACAAUUUUACUCAAUCUUAUGACCUCGGCCAAUUACACUG